GGGAGGGGGGCUUGUUUUGUUUUGUUUUGUUUGCGGUAUGGACAAUCAAACAGAAGAGCCAGAAAAUGUUGAUGAGCAGCAAGUGGAUGAACCGGCAGCCCUGGCUCCAGCGACAGAGGCUGCGCAGGACAGCGUCGAGGAACCCAAGCGUCCGAGUGCCGAGGGCAUGGAAACGAGUGUUGGAGACACCAAGCGUCUCAGCGUGGAGAGCAUUAAAAUGAGUGUCGCAGACCCCAAGCGUCUGAGUGCCGACAGCAUUGAAAUGAGCGUGUUGUACGACGCUCCUGCAAAAGAAGAGGCCUCCAAAUGCAAGGUCACAUCCUGGGUGCCGGGGCGAGGUUUUUGCUGCUUCGUGGGCUUUGCGUUGAUUCUCAUUUGUACCUUGGCUGGCUGGUACAUCAACGAUUCAAAGUUAGACCAGAUGAAGCAACAACUGAAAGCCCGAAAUAUGCUCCUGAACAAACUGGUGAAAAACAUCGAAAGCACGCAACUACAAGUGGACCUUCUCCAGCAGCGGUAUCAGCAGCUCAGGGAAGAAAUGAACGCAAUCGAGACUAAAGUGAACGCAACAUCUGUACUUAACUCAAGCAUGCAGAAGAGGAUGGCUGGACUACAGGUCAACUUUGAACAACUCAAGUCGACCGCGAACUUUUACUCCGGUGCUCUCCGAUCUAUGAAAAUUACUAUUGAGGAGUGUCAGUGGCAGCUUUCGGACGGACUGAAGAUACCCGCCGAUUUGAUGUACACACACUUCUGUGGGGAAAGCAGUCAUCAAACGAGACUCCAGACGUGCUGCAAGGAAGGCUGGGUGAGGCACAAUUUACAUUGCUACGCCUUGUCCACGGAAGAAAACAGAUGGAGCAAUGCCAAACAAGACUGUAAGGAAAAGGGCAGUGAUUUCGUUCAAAUCGACAACGCCCGUGAGCAGAAGUUCCUAACGAACUUUUUACUGCAAAACGUCGGAGAAAACUAUGAAGUAUGGAUUGGCUUGUCGUACCAAGACGGCGGCUACAAGUGGUCCGACGACCGCCCGCUUUCGAACGUCUCAUUUUGGAAGGCAGACAACGGGCGCACGGGUGAGGACGCGCAAGGUUCCUGCGUGGCCAUCAAGCACUCGCCGGGCGACGGGGAGGACAGCUGGGAUCGCAACUGGGACCCCCUCCCCUGCGGCGCCAGGAAACGCUACCUAUGCAGAACUUGCAUCUUUUGCGAAAAGGAGAACAAGCAGUAAAGUUCCCAGGGAACCUCGCCACCCUUCUUUUGCUUUUCAUGCUCGUUGAAUGAUGUCAAGAAGAUCGAGCAGAGAGGCCCGUGGAGUCCCUCGAUUGGGAAAGGUGCAACUAACUGUUUGUGCCAAACAGGCCGAAAUCCAGUUAGUUAUUUCAUGUGUUCAUUUCUCGCCGUGCUCUGGCAUUCCAAUGCUUGCAAUCCCGAGUUCAGAAAAAAAGAAAACGUGAAUCGAUUCAACAGUUUAGAUUGAAUCACGGUGGCAGCAAGGCGGAACUUCAUCAUCUGCGCCGCACAAUCACAUUGAUCAAACUCUUCCCCUUGACGCAGGGUGGCCCGAGGCAAACGUCGGCCAUGGCUUAGCUUCGCCCCUGCCCGGAGAUGACAGCUGUGCCCGCGACUUUGUGCGCUGAGGCAACCCGAUUUUGCAACUAUGCAGUGUGUUUGACGUUGCUUUUGAAUUCAAAUGAUGACAGAAAGUUUGGUUGGCUGCAAGUGCGCAACUCAAGUUAUGCUUAAAUUUUAGAAAUGCAAGACCUUAGCAGACAUUGACUAUUUUAUUUGAAAGCUUCAUCCA